UAUUGCAGCUAGUUCCUCCUAAAACUUUGCAAGAUGAUUGGAAACAUUUCAAAUUUCCUAAAACUAACCCUUUUACUGCUUGCGGUCUUCCAACUGCAUUACAUUUUUGCACAGUCGCCGAAAUAUCAUAUCGCACCAUACCAGAGCAAUUGGUUCGAGGCAUCGGAAUACUGCCACCGGAUGGGCAUGCGAUUGGCCAUCGCCGAUUCGGAGGAAAAGCACAACGACGUCGUACGGGAGGCCAAGGCGGCGGAUCUUCACGAGGCCGCCGGAUCUUUCGGCGUUUGGCUAGGUGCCACCGAUCUGGCUCGAACGAAAGUUUUCAUCUGGCACAACACAGGAAUUCGACUGCGCUACACCCACUGGGCAGCUGGCGAACCCACAGGAGGAAACGAACAUUGCCUGGAACUGCACUAUUGGAUUGCACAGGGCUUCAACUGGACCUGGAAUGACGCCCCGUGCCAUGACAUGCGGUACGCAAUGUGCGAGAAUGUUGAUAAAGUGUCGUGUAUCGAAGCGUUUUAAGGAUUACGAAAUGCCUCCAGUUACCGUUAAAAGAAAAAUAAAUUAAACAUCGCUGCCAACAUUUCAUUAGGGCAUUUAGGGUAAACAAUUACUUCAUCUGACGAUUUUUCGCAACUAAAAGUUCACUCCUGCAAACUAACCAUACCAGCUGGUAGAGUAAACAUUUCUAUUCUUGAUGGUAUAGUUUAUUUGUAUGUGCAAGGUAAUUGUUUACAAACGAAGUUUCGCCCUUUUGAAAUGUUGAUGAUGAACUCAUCAACUUUGUUUGCGUAAUUUGCUUAUCAGACAGUCCAAAGA